AUGUCCAACAUUCCCAUAGCCGACAUCGACACGCCCGACCCAUGGAUGCUCCGGCACAACAACUACUUCUACCUAACAUUCACCUGCGGCAACCGCGUCGAGAUCUGGAUGUCCCAGUCCAUGGAAAACUUCCGGUCAUGCCAGAAGAUCACAGCGUGGCACCCGACCCCCGGCACACCGUGGUCCAUUGACCUCUGGGCUCCGGAACUACACUACCUCCACGGCACAUGGUACGUGUACUUCUGCGCGGCGCACCCCGGCCAGGGCAACCCAUCGCAUCGGACCGUGCUGCUGCGCUCAUCGAGUCAAGACCCCAUGGACGCCGGCGCGUGGUCGUUCCUCGGCCCAUUGCAGGGUCUCCCUGAUCAUUGGAACAUCGACGCCACCGUUCUCUCGCUACACAACAAGCUCUACUGCUGCUACUCCGGCUGGCCGCUUGGCGACCAUUCCGACACGCAGCAGGACCUCUUCCUGAUCGAACUGGCCGACCCAGAACACGCACUCACAAAUACAUUGACGUGUAUAUCGCGCGCCGAGUUACCCUGGGAACGGCCCGAAGGCGGACGCAGGGGCGUGAACGAAGGCCCGACGUGGCUCAGCAUGUCGUCUUGCGGGGGCGAGUUCGAGGGCAUAGUCUACUCCGCCAAUGGGAGCUGGACGAGCGAUUAUACUCUCGGUCUCUUACACUACACCGGUGGUGAUCCACUGAACGGCAGAUCAUGGCGGAAACGACCAAAACCGUUACUCAGAUCAUGCCGAGAAAAAGGUGGACCGUUUGGACCCGGACACGCGAGUUUCAUACCGGUUGUCGAUGAGGGACCGAGGAACGAGGGCCCAGCAGGGAGCGGGUGGAGAAGUGGCAGAGUGUAUUGUAUUUACCAUGCGACGGAGAGGGAGGGCGAAGGAUGGAACAAUCGCAAGGCGAGGGUCCUGUGUUUGCAUGGUGGUCAUUUCCAUCCAAGUGCCGAGAGUUGUUGUUGUUCGAUGCGUGGCAUGGCAGGACUACAGGAGCGGAAAAGCCACGAGCCUGUGAUGCAUGCUGAACAUCACGGGAGUGGCCUUCUGCAUGAGAUUGGGAACAUGCUAAGGAAGAAGAUCAACGAAUUUUGA